AUGGCCUCACGCUGCCUCAAAAGCUGCUUCGAUGAUCCGGGAGAGCUGGAGCCGAAUCCCGACAUCAGUGGGAUUGGGGUAAGUGAAGUAAACCAAAGAACUGCAGUAGCUAACAACCUAUUUUCAAAUAAGGUUCUCGUCGCAUUCCUUGGUACUGCAUGGCUCGUCGUCAUUCUGGUCGCGUUUCGCUACUUUCUUGCCUUCAACCCCAGAGUAGACUCGCUUUAUAACCCAAGACGAGAUGAGGGACGUGAUCGGGCAUACAGAUGGAAGCCGAAUGCUGUUGAUGUCAAAGUCAUUCACAUGUUCUCACGCCUCCGUCGACGACUUGGCUACCACAUUGGGUGGGAUCUAGCCAUGAACAAGAUUCUCUUGAAUUUGACGGACAUACAGCUUCUGACUGGCCUUGGGAUUCUCUUUAGUAGCUUUCUGAGUCUCCGAUGCUAUAUGUCAUCCUAUCACUGGCAGAUAAACACCUAUCUAGCCUGGUUCUCAAGCCUCACCCACACGGCCUGUCUUUCUGCUCUGCGUGGGUACUUCUAUCGGAACCAAAUCGAACGCAACUUCAGAAUGCUCUUCAUGAGCAUCUUGUUCGUUGGCCUGAUUACGGCUCUAGUGCCGACUGGAUACUUCAACUGGGAUAACAGCCAGUCUUUGCCAACAGCUGGCGUGCCGGCUUCCAAUGUCCGAUGUUUCUUCAGUCAACGUGUGGCUCAAGAUGUUUGGAACCACCGCACUUGUGCGAAUGCCACGAUACUUCGGGCUACAGACGGCAACUACUGCAACCCGUCAGGUAUAUCUAUGACCUCCACGAAAGCCUUCGAGUCAUCCGUAAUUUCCAUUCUACUACUAAGCUUCAGUUUUAUCGGCCGUUUCAUCAAGAUGUUUCGUACGGUUUCUGAGAUUGCCAAAGAUAACGUCCGUGAGACGACUGCCCGCCUAGCAGUCUCCGGAAUCCUUGCUACCAUCCGAGCUUACCAUCGGUACGGGGCUACUCGGAUACGUAAAAAGAUACUGGCUGUUGUCCGACCUUUAGAUCUCAUGAUCGCUGCUUACUUGGCGGUAAAGCUAUAUCUUGAGGUUGUCUUUUCAGAACUAGCAGAUGCAAGUUAA